ACAACAUAAUAUUGUAACCUGGCGAGAUAACGACAUUAAGUGAACCAAAUUUACCACAUUUAGAGCUGUGACUUGUAAGCUUGUAACAAUCCUACGAUACAUAAAAAUGGCGACAACAUAUGGUCGACAGAUAUCAACACUCAUUCAGCAUCGCUCUGAACGACCACACACUACUUCUGCUACUUCAGAGCGAACGCUUCGCGCUAUUGGAAGAGUUGGACAAGCUGUUAAUUUAGCUGUCGAACGAUUUGUUACUGUUGGCGAAACGAUAGCUGAUGACAAUCCGGAUAUUAAGCAAGACAUGUAUGAAGCUUGUAAAGAAGCGAGAGCAGCAGGAUCUUCAAUUGAACGUUUAUGUGAUGUUGCAGCAAGUGAUCCGACUGGCUAUGCUCAACUUGACGACCGGGGGCCGAUGGUGAGAGCAGCAAGAGCUCUGCUAGGCUCUGUCACUCGUGUAUUAUUAUUGGCAGAUAUUGUUGUAGUUAAGCAGUUACUAUUAGCCAAAGAUAGAAUAACAAGAACUUUAGGUAGACUAGAAUCGGUAGCAACCUUUACAGAAUUCGUUAAGGCAUUCUCCGUUUUUGGUGCAGAAAUGGUUGAAUUAGCUCAUAUAACAGGGGACAGACAGAACGAUUUGAAGGAUGAACGAAGGCGAGCACAAAUGACAGCUGCCAGAUUAGUAUUAGAGAGAUCUACUAUGAUGUUGCUUACAUCUUCAAAAACAAGUCUGAGACAUCCUGAAUGUACAUAUUCCAAAGAAAACCGUGAUACGGUAUUUUGCCAAAUGAGAAGGGCUAUGGACUUAAUUCAUUACGUUGUGAAAGACGGCGUAUUAGAAACUUCAAAUGAAAGAAACGUAUCGAGACAACAGACUAUUGAAUGGGACUCAGAGCGAGCUACAGCGUUUACAUGCUUAAAACAUUUUUCAAGACUUGUUGAAAUGGCUCCACCUCGUUUUGAUCGAGCACCAAAUCAAGCAGCAUCUUCCUUGCCAUCAUCUUCAUCAUCGACAGCUCAAGGAACUGUAAAUGUCAAUGCCACCAAUAUUGAUAAGGACGCAAACAUAGAGCGAAGAGAACGUGAACGAGAGCUCAUGCGCAGUAAUAGCGAGAGAGAUCGUAGUACAAAUAGUCAUCCCAGAGAAGUGCCAAGAGAAGCGAAUGAUCUGCAUCGUGAUGUGAGUUUGGCAAAGUUUAGUUGUCGUGGAGAGGCUGCAAUCUCAAUAUUUCUUGUGGAUACACGAGAGAAAUUAAUUUCAGCUUUAGAUAAAGUCUGUGAACGAAUUCAAGAUUUUACUGAUUCCGCUUAUACAACGCAUGAACAUCGUGAAAAUAUUCUUUUAUUAUGCGAUCGCGCUAAGUUAGAACUAAAUCAAUUACUUCGAAUUGCUGUAAACAUGGAGCAGCAUCCCAACUCGUCAUUUGACAUUGAUUCAUGUGUGGAUAGUGUGCUUAAUGCAGCACAAGAUUUAAUUAAUCAAUUGAUCUUAACAGCACAAGAUCAAGCAUCUGAUUUGCCUCAUAUGACAAAGUCAGGUAUCGAAUUGGUUAAUUUGCUCAGGAACAUUGCCUUAAAUCAUGAAAUCGAUAGGCUACAGAAUAGUGCGGAUCGUUUUCAUGAACAUAUCGAUCACAUGUUGGAAAUUUGUAAACUUUUGAGACACAUCGCAAUGACUGAGACGUUGCAAGUGCAAGCAAAAUUUUCCGAAAUUAAUGUGAGAAUUUAUGGACCGCAAGUGAUAACAGCAUCGAAAGCUUUAUGUUCUUAUCCGAGUAGUAAAGCGAUGAAAGAAAAUUUAGAAGUAUUCAUGGAUAUGUGGCAGUGGCUGAUAACCGACAUUUCCGCAAUAUCUAAAGAUAUUUUAGAUUUAGCACAAGCAGUUUUGAAGCCUGACAAGCAAGGUUAUCUGAGUCUCCCUCGUCCCGGGAAACAUGGGACGACAUCAAAGCCCCUAAAACCAUCAAGACUAGACACGGAAGAGCAAGAAAAGAUUGCAAAAAGUGGACUCGAAAUGAAAAUGGUAACCAAUGAAAUGGAUGCCGAGACUGACAAAUGGAAUAGUACAAUGAAUGAUGAAAAUAAUGAUAUUGUGAAAAGGGCAAAGAACAUGUCAGCGAUGGCUUUUUCAAUGUAUCAAUUUACGAAAGGGGAGGGAAGUUUGAGAACGACUCAAGAUUUGUUUACACAAGCCGAAUACUUUGCUGAAGAAGCGAAUCGACUUUAUAAAGUUGUUCGACAAUUUUCAUAUCAGGUCCCUGCAGGUCCACCGAAAAAAGAGCUUCUAGAUCAGCUUGAUAAAGUUCCAACUUAUGUGCAAACGCUUCAAUUUACUGUCAAAGAACCGACAGUUGGGAAGUCAGCGACAUUUGUGAAAGUCGACCAUGUUAUUCAAGAGACAAAGAAUCUUAUGAAUAUCAUAUCAAAAGUAGUUUCAACAUGCUUUGAUUGUGCGAAUAAGUAUAAACUGGAUUUCAGUGGUUUAUCUGGUCGUUCAACCUCUGGAAAUGCUCGUGACGAAGAAGGAAAUUCGGGCAUGCAAGGAUCCGAUUCAAAAGGAUCAGCAACUAGCGAAGGAAGUAUGUGACAGUACGGGAUGCGUCGCGGUAAAGGCGACGCCAGAAGAACCAGGGUCUCGUUUCUGUUAUUUUAAAUCUGAACAGUUCAGAAUUGUAAACGAAAACACCAUCAAGACUCUGAUGAACAAAAGCUUUGCUUUAAGCUUCUAUGGUGCUUACAAAUUAAGCAUGAAGGCAUUUUAAAAGCGAUCCAAAGCAUUUUGAAGCUUAUAUUUUUCAUGCAAUUGAGAAAACCAAAAUUGUGGCAAAAGAAGAAAAAAUAAUAAGAAUCAUUAAGUAUUAAGUAAUCAAUAAAUUCACAAUAUACUUAUGUAUUUACACAUAAUUGAGGUUAGUGAAUCAUUUCAUUCUUCAAAUUCCCUUUGCAUAUUCAUCUCGUGUUCUCUCGAAUAUAUUUACAUUUAAGUAGACAUUUAAUCGAAGAAAAUAAUUAAUAAAGAGUGAAUAAUUUUUUGUACCUGUUUCGAAUAAUGAAAAAUUGUAGAAUUCUUUUUACAAUUGGCCUGAAUUCGAUUUUGAUACCAUUCUUGUUUCUUUGAGACAUCAAAAAAAUAAAAAAGUUUUGAAAACAUUACGAAUGCAUAUAUGAUGUAUUUUUGUAGUUAGAUUUUUGUAGUGAAAGGUGAACAAUCAUCGAAUAUAUGAUUAUGCAAAACAAAAGAAAUAAAUAAUUUUAAGUAAUAAAUGAAAUUCUGAGUUUCGAAAUCGCGAUUAAUCAACCAUGAAGUAAUUGAAAAUAAAAAAAGUUCUGUGAAACUUUGAGAAGAACAAUCAUUAAUAGAAAUCAUAAAACUGUAAAGUUUUAGACGUUACUUAUCUGUAAAUGAUUUGGAAAAAGAGAAAUAAUAAUUAAUAAAAUCAAUCUGAAAUUCA